AUGUUAUCAAGCAAUUCUGAAUUUUCCACAAAUUUGGAAGCAUUUGUUUUGCCCACAAUUAUACCUCCGCAACCAAAUCAUGAUUUGGAUAUACAAAACUGGCAAAUUCCCAAGAAUAUUAGAUUAGCAGACCCUAAUUUUAACGUUCAAGGAAAAAUUGACAUUUUACUCGGAGCUGAGUUUUACUUCAGUUUAAUGCAACCAGGCACAAUAAAACUAAAUGGUCAUCAACCCAUACUCCAAAAUACUGCGCUUGGCUGGAUUGUAGGUGGUUUAAUUCAACAAUCGUCAACGGACGACACAUCAGCAGCGCUAACAUGCGCAAUUUUUAGUGAAACAUCACUGGAACAAGCUAUCGAAAAAUUAUGGAAACUUGAGGAAGUGAAAUCAACUGAAAAGGUCAUGUCUCCAUUAGAAACCCUUUGCGAAUCUCACUUCAAUCAACAUGUUAAGACGGAUCAGAAUGGUCGUUUCAUCGUCAGCCUUCUGUUUCAAGAAUCUCCAACAGCAUUGGGGAAAUCACAUGCAAUGGCUUAUAACCGAUUUAUGAGCCUUGAACGCCGACUUCUACAGAAGGAAGAUAUCCGAAGUCAGUACAUUAAAUUUAUGCGAGAAUAUGAACAAUUAGGACACAUGCAAAAGAUUGACGUGUGUACCGUAUCAAAUCCUAAAUAUUUUAUUCAGCAUCAUUGUGUUCUUAAGCCCGAUAGUACAACAACAAAACUUAGGGUUGUAUUUGACGCAUCAGCGAAAACUUCAUCUGGUCAAUCGUUAAAUGAUCUAAUGUAUACAGGACCAAUCGUACAAAGUGAAUUGUUUUCUAUUUUGCUGAGGUUUCGAUUGCCAAAAUUCGUCUUCACAACCGAUAUUGAAAAGAUGUACAGGCAGAUUUUAAUGCAUCCCGAUGAUCAAAGGUAUCAGCUAAUUAUCUGGAGAGAGGAUCCAUCCCAUCCAGUCAGUUAUUACAAACUUAAUACGGUCACAUAUGGGACACGUUCAGCACCGUAUCUGGCUACAAAAUGCUUACAAAAGAUUGCAAACGAGAACAUGGAGCGUUAUCCAUUAGGCUCACAAAUGCUGAAAGAUAAUUUUUAUAUGGAUGACGGUCUCGGCGGUGCAGAUAGCCUAAGUACUGCUAUUAAAAUACAAAAGGAGUUAGUAACAAUCUUGAAACAACACGGCUUCAUUCUAAGGAAAUGGUCAUCCAAUACACCAAGAUUGCUGAAGGACAUACCACAUAGCGAUUGA